CCGUCUACGUCCUCUUCUGUAUGGGCAUAUGUGCUGCACGGUGUAUUCGGGACGGCUGAGGAUGGCUGAGGAGGAGGAAGGAAACGGUUGGGAUGGGCGUUGCAAGUGUGAAUUGGAAGCUGUGCGGAGACGGCGCGGCAGGGAGGGUUCAGAGGCCCAUUUGGACACCUCGUAGGGAGAAGCAUUCCCAAGAUUCCCAUAGCACGCUGAAGAGCGCUGAAGGCAACCACCCUCCGGACCAUUGAGGCUUCCUUCAUGUCGCUGGGCACCGACCGCUCUCCCACAGCGCUCCCUCCAAAAUGUCGACCCGAGACGUACUCUCCUGUCUGACCGCCGACCUCAAGGCAGGCACCUCCGACCUCCUCCUCCCAACCCCCCCACCCAUCAACACCUCCAAAGCCUACUCCAUCCUCCACGCCUACACCACAACGCACCCGCCCGUCGCCUCACCCACCUCCGCCACCUCCUCCUCCAGCACCCUCACAAUCCAAACCUACAACCCCUCCGUCGACAAACUCGCCACCGAACUCACCCAGCUCUUCAAAACCACCUUCGCGCCCACGAAGGAGAUCGCCAACGCCAAAGGGGCGUACAAACUCACGCCGGCGCAGGUAUCCUCGACGCAAGAUACGCGGCUGCUGAUCUUUGCGGCGUGGUUGAAGCGGUUGUUGCCGAUAUAUGAUCCGGCCCGGUUUGCGGCGGAUUGGUGGGAGGCGUUGAUCAGGCCGUUGUUGGUGGCGGGGAGGUGGAGGCCGCUGUUGGAUGUGUGUGGGGAGCUUGCGGUCGCGUUGUUGUGUACUGACUCGUGGGUUGCGACGAGCGCGACGGCGGCAGCGGGGAAUGGGGGAUCGCAGACGAACCUGCUGGCGGGGAACGUGACGGCCGCGGGCCAGUUCAGGCGCUCGGUGGCGUGGACCUAUUUUGCUGAACGGCAUGCGUUCUGGGAGAAGGAUAGCAUUGCGACCACGCCUAAAUCGGGGGGAAGUUCACCGGGUCGGGGAGCAUCGACAACCAUCGAACAGUCCAACGUCCCAACAACCACACGCCGCGUAGGCGCCUUCUGGGACUCCACCUCCUGUCUCAACUUUGAGAAGAUCCUCAUCUCGCUCGCAAUCUCAAAACCCAAAGAAUUCUUUGACAUCCUCAACGAGUUUGCGCUCAUGAAGGAGUACCGCCUGCACCUGCUCGUCUUCCUCGCCAAGCUGAUCAGACGCGAGGAGGCGCCCUGCUACUAUAUCAUCGACACCCCGCUGUUUGCCACGUUACUCGCGAGCGCGGGGAGGGAUACCAACCCGGCGAUUUUGACCUCUACGUUGAGUGUGCUUACGGCCCUGCUGCCGGUUGUGGCGACGCGAUUGGCGGAGUAUCUGGAUGAGCUCAUGGCGGGAUUGGUGAGGGUGGUGAAGUGGGAAGCGGUGUUCGUGGGCGUUUUCAAAGGGGCUGAGGAUGAGAGCAAACAAGGGCUGGAGCAAAACAACCCUGGUGGAGGAAGUGAGGGGUCCCGCGGCGCAGCCUCCACCCGCGCCAAAUCGAUCCUCACCGACUACACCCUCGCCGCGGUGCACCAAGCCAUCGAGAACUACUACACACUCCUGUACGGCAUGUUCCCCUGUACCACCGUCGCCGCCGUGCGUUCAGUACUGACGAAGGACGAGUCGUCACCGCCAUCGGUGAAGACAGGCAACAGUCUGCCGAUGUUUGAGAUCGCGGACGAUCCGCUGGCGCAGCUGACGGAACGCUUGUUGGAUGCGGAUGAUUGGGAGUUGGAGAAGGUUGUGGGGGGGCGGUUUAGGAAACUCGUCGAAGCCCACAAACUCCACCCAAAUCUUAUCCUCUCGACUCCAGCAGACGAACGCAACACAAUUCGUAACAUCCAGAAACCGCCGUCCGAAAUCGUCGUGGAAAGCUUGGAGCUGCGUGUACCGGCCAUCUCCCCACUCCUCGCUUCGCAUCAGCAAAGGCCCUUGGUGCAGGGUCUAAAAGAGGAACAGACAGCACAGCACGACACCCCACUUGCGUCCCUGACCGCAUUCACAAUCCUCGACAACCAGCUCGCCGUCGCGCCCCGCCUCUUCCCGGCCACCGAGGGGGAUAACCGCGACUCCUCGCCAAGGGACACGCGGGCUGUAGGCGGGAAGAAUAACCCCGUAUCCCCGCUCGUGGUGUCGCCGCUUGCCGCUGAUGCGAAGAGUGUGGGUUCUGUGAGAAGCGAGCAUGAUCCGGUUGUUGCUGCUGUGGCUGUAUCGGAGCCGGCGGUGGUGUCAACACAGACUGAUGGUGUGGCAGUCAAUGCGAGCAAAUCGGUCGAUUUCGAUCUGGACCUUAUCUUGCAGAUGAACAGGGCGUUGCGCGUAUCUGUUCUGGGGAUCAAGGAAAGUUUCGGUUACGAGGCCGUCAAAUCGCCGCAUGCACACGGUGGGAACAACGCGGAUAGUCAGACGCAGCAGGAUCUGGACGUGCUCCGCCUGCAGCUGAUGAUGCUGCUCAACGAGGUCAAUUUCCAAGCCUACAUGCGCUGGCACCAUCUGCAGUAUAUCCGCAAACUGAAGAAGGACCGGAUGAUGGAGGAGUUGAAGGAUGCGGAUCGGCAGAGUGUGUUCGAAACCCUCAAACAACGCCAAAGCGAAUUACACACCCUCCACGAAACGCUCACCCGUCUCCGCGCCGAAUCCGCAUCCCUCCGCGACCGCUCCCGGCGUCACGAAGACGACCUGACCAAACGGAUCCGCAGCUACCAAUUCGAAGCCGAAACCCUCACAUCACAGAACAACGCGUUAAGGGAACGCGUCGACAUGCUCACGCGGGAUCUGCGGGAUGCGACGCGGAAGACGGACGAAGAUGUGGAGAAGAUCUUUGCGUUGCAGACCGAGUUGGAGGUGCUUCGGCCGGAGAUGGAGAGGUUGCGGGAGUGUGAGGGGGUCAUUGAACGGUUGUCGAGGGGGGUUGUUGAGAGGGGCACGACGAACUCUGGGCGGAUGGGGGUUAGCGGUAUCACCGCUGGUAUCGCCGGCACUCGCGCCUCGACAUCCAUAUCAGACCCCGCCAAACUGUCCUCCAGCAGCACGGAAACGCAGUUCCUCCUCGACCGCAUCCUCUCCCUCGAACUCUCCCUCGCCGACCUCGAAAACGCGCACACGGCGCUGACCCAACAACACACCGUCCUCUCCACGGACCACACAUCCCUGCAGAUACGUGCGCAGCGAUUGGAAAGCGUGAACGAACGAUUGGAGAAGGAUGCGGCGGAACAUGCCCGGGUUGUGGAGGGGUUGGUUAGUAAAGGGGCCGAAAGGGUGAGGUGUGUUGAGGAGAAGUAUCGGACUGUUAGGAGGUGUUGUGUGAGGUUGGAGGCUGUUGUGGAGGAGUUGAAGGGGAGGGUGGGUCGGGGAGAGAAUGGGCAGGGGGAUAGGAAAGAGGGGCAUGGGGAGGGGGAGGAGGAGGAGGUGGGGGAGGUAAGGAUUGGGAGGUAUACUUGAGCGGAGUUGGUUGAUAUCGAGCGGUGUCUUGAGUGAACGGCGUUGGGCGUGCGUUUGC